AUGCCUGUCUUUACAGAACACGCCGCUGCGUCGCGGGAGCUGCGCGUACUCCCCUCCUUCGCUCCCCCACUGCCACGGCUCAGCCCGAUACCCUCACCAGAUGACCAAACAGAGAAAUACGAAGUCGUCAUCGUGGGAGCCGGCCCAGCUGGACUGAUGCUGGAGUUGCUAUUAGCGCGAUACGGACUAGGAGACGACUCGUUGCUGUGUGUCGAUGCAAAGCCAACGACCCUCAAAUCAGGCCAGGCAGAUGGGAUUCAGCCCCGCACGCUGGAGACGCUGAAGUCGCUGGGCCUGGCGGACGAGAUACUGUGCGAGGGAUGUCAGAUGUGGCAGGUCGCAUUCUGGAAUCCAUCCAGCGACUCGACGAAAGUCAUUGAGCGCACUUCUGUCGUGCCGGAUGUCACUGUACCAGCACGGUACCCCCACGAAGUGACAAUCCACCAAGGCCGGAUCGAACGGAUACUAGAAACAGAUUUUCUACGCUACUCGAAACGCGGAGUGCAGAGAGAUACCAAACUCCUAGACGUCACACUCGACGAGGACGGUGAUGCAGAGUUUCCUGUGGUAGCCCACAUCGAAACGGAGGGCUACCGCCGCACUGUGCGCACAAAGUACUUGGUCGGCGCUGACGGAGCGCACUCGGCUGUGCGGCGCAGCAUGGGACUCAAGCUGGAGGGAGAGUCGAGCGACCAUAUCUGGGGCGUCGUGGAUCUGGUCAUUGACACGGAUUUCCCUGAUAUUAGGCGUCGCUGUGCGAUCCAUUCUCCGGCUGGCUCGGUCAUGGUGAUUCCUCGUGAGCGCAUCGCCACAGGUGACUACCUUACACGUCUAUAUGUCCAGGUACCGGGCGAUGUCUCACCGGAUGAUGACCAGCAGCCGAUGAACAGCACUGAAAGUCCUUCGGGCAUAGAUGCGCGGACACGCCGGAGCAAAGUCACAGAAAAGACCAUCUUCGACAAUGCCGCGGCUGCGUUCAAACCGUAUUAUAUCCGACCCAAAGCAGAUGGGGCCGUGGACUGGUGGGCGGCUUAUCAGAUCGGCCAGCGAGUGACAGAUAGGUUCUCGGUCAAGGAUUCCAAGGGACAUAACCGGGUCUUUAUUGCUGGAGAUGCUUGUCAUACGCACAGCCCAAAGGCAGGACAAGGAAUGAACGUGUCAAUGAUGGACUCCUAUAACCUAGCCUGGAAGCUGAUCUACUCUAUCAACGGCCUCACGCCCGCAUCUCUCAACGGGGAACCAGACCCAAUCCUCGACACAUACCACGCAGAAAGACACACCAUCGCGCAAGAGCUAAUCGAGUUCGACCGCGCAUUCUCAUCCAUGUUCUCGGGCAAGAUUGGCGCGUCUGACGAUGACGCUGGGGCAUUGACUCAUGAAGAAUUUCUCAAGGUAUUCAGUCGAGGCAAUGGCUUCACCACUGGAUGUGGGAUCGAAUAUCCCGCGAAUAUGACAGUCAACCGGGAUCUAGAUGCGGAUAGGAACCCCGUGAAGGGCACCGAUUACUUGUCGGGCAUUCUCCGUCCAGGUCGAAGACUGCUGAAUGUGCGGCUUAUGCGGCAUGCAGAUGGAUAUCCGCGCGACCUGCAGGAUGACUUCCCCUCUACCGGCCGAUUCCGCAUCCUCUGUCUGGCAUCCUUCGAUCUGCUAGACCCACAGGGUAAUUCUGUGCAUGCAUUAACGGCCCUCGGGAGCAUCAUCCCCCACUUCCCGUCAUCGAUUAUCGAGCAGGUUGUUAUCCACCCGCGUCUAUCGCGAGAAUUCACAUGGGCGGAUCUCCCACGCGAGAUGAAAGAAUACUCGGAGAUGUCAUUCUAUAGUGGAUAUGAGAUCGAUGAUGUCUACGGUAUUUAUGGGGUGAACCCGGCCGAGGGGGCAUUGGUUGUUGUCCGACCUGAUGGGUAUAUCGGAGUGAUUGCUGCCAUGAGCGAUACCAAGCGUGUGGAAAGGUAUUUGGAGACACUGAUCCGCACUGUGUAG